UAGAAAAUCCCAAAAAAGAAAAAUCCAACGGGAAAAGGGCGACGCGGAGGAGGGAGAGAGAGAAAACAAACGGCACCAAUGGCGGCCACACACCUCGUCUCCCGCCGCCUCCUCAUCCUCCCACCAACGGCGCCGGCCGCCGCGGCCAUCUCGGUCCGGCAACGGAAGGCCUCAGCAGCGCUCUCCCUGUCGGCCAGGGGGCGGAGGCGGCGCCUCGCGGCACGGGCGGUAGCCCCCUCCCCGGAGUCGGCGGCGGCGGAGGAGGAGGAGGAGGGGAAGGGCGGGCUGCCGGCGGCCGAGGCGGAGAGGCUGGUGGAGUUCCUGCGGGAGGACCUCCCGCACCUGUUCGACGACAUCGGCAUCGACCGCUCCGCGUACGACGACCGCGUCCGCUUCCGCGACCCCAUCACCCGCCACGACGACAUCGACGGCUACCUCGCCAACAUCCGCUUCCUCAAGCUCCUCUUCCGCCCCGACUUCUACCUGCACCACGCCAAGCAGACAGGGCCGUAUGAGAUCACCACGAGGUGGACAAUGGUCAUGAAGUUCGUCCUCUUGCCGUGGAAGCCAGAACUGAUCUUCACCGGGCUGUCCAUCAUGGGCGUCAACCCUCAGAAUCUCAAAUUCUGCAGCCAUGUGGAUAUUUGGGAUUCAAUACAGAACAAUGAAUAUUUUUCUUUUGAAGGACUGGGGGAUGUCUUCAAGCAGCUACGGAUUUACAAGACCCCUGAUAGAGAAACACCAAAGUACCUUAUUCUGAAAAGGACUUCAAACUAUGAGAUUAGGAGCUACCCACCGUUCUUAAUAGUUGAAGCAAAAGGAGAUAAGCUAACCGGAUCAUCAGGUUUUAAUAAUGUAACUGGGUAUAUUUUUGGCAAGAAUGCUUCUGCUGAAAAGAUUCCAAUGACUACGCCUGUCUUCACUCAGGCUUCUGAUGACAAACUCUCAGAUGUAUCCAUCCAGAUAGUUUUGCCGAUGAACAAAGACAUGGAAAGCUUACCAGCUCCAAACACGGAAGCUGUUAACUUGCGAAAGGUAGAAGGUGGCAUUGCUGCAGUGAAAAAAUUCAGUGGUAGACCAAAAGAGGAAAUUGUGAUCCAGAAAGAGAAGGAGCUGCGCUCCCAAUUACUCAAAGAUGGGCUGAAGCCUCAACAUGGUUGUUUGCUUGCACGCUACAAUGAUCCUAGAACACAGAGCUUUAUAAUGAGGAACGAGGUGCUGAUAUGGUUAGACAACUUCACACUGGAGUAGUAGUGUUCACAGUCUACAACAUAUUUCUGCAACAUGUGAGACACUUAGCAUUGGAGCUUCCAGAGCAUCAUAGAAAGGAGAAACAAUUAGGGAGAUGCACGGAUGAAAUGAUAAGAAAAUGUAUAUUCUGAAAGGUUACUACAUAGUAGUUGUAGUGUCCAUAUGAAACAUGAAUAUAUGACUGUGUAUGACAAUUGACAAAAGUGAACUGAACAAUAUGAAACGUUAAGAACAAAAGGAAUUAGUCCGCCUACACCCAUCCUCAUUCCCAGUGGCGUGUCUGGCCACAAGCCCACAUGGCCACAACACAUGUCUCUCAUGUCUCUUUUCCUCACUCCCAUCCUGCCAUCCACCAUCUGUCAUCUCCAAGUAACAUAGGAACAUACAAAAUAGCCAUGGUUUGAAGAUCCAUCGGUUAAAGCCCCUUCGUAGGAUUUUUCCAUGCCA